AUGGCCUUGUUAAAUAAUGUCACCUCGAUCAUCCUUCUGGGACUCCCUAACCUUCACAGUUUCACAUUUCCAUUAUUCUCUCUACUGUUUAUUAUAUAUUGUGGGACCAUCUUAGGAAACUUUCUCAUCAUGGUCUUGUAUGUGGUGAGCAAAACCCUUCGGUCACCCAUGUACUUCUUCAUUACACAGCUGUCACUCUGUGACGUCCUGGUGACUUCAGAUAUUCUCCCGAUUAUUCUUCACACUGUCCUUUAUGGAGAAACUACUAUCACUCUCACCGGCUGCUUCAUUCAGUUUUCUAUUUUUACCACUUCUGAGUCUUCAGAAUGUCUUCUGCUGUCACUGAUGUCUUAUGAUCGAUAUCUGGCCAUCUGUGACCCCCUCCAUUAUAACGUUAUUAUGAAUCAUAUGUUUUGUGUGACAUCAGUACAUAUUAUUUGGUUGGUGGGAUUUUUGGUGACGUUGAUGUAUGUCAUUUCUAUGUACAAUUUAGAGUUCUGUGGACCAUGCGUUAUUAACCAUUUCUACUGUGAUUUUGAACCCAUACUGCAGCUCUCCUGCUCUGAUACAUUUAUAAUUCACACCCAAGGUCUUAUAUUGGGAUUUUUUUUUGCAAUUGCACCUUUUUUAUUAAUUACAAUGUCCUACGUGUACAUCGCCAUCACUAUCCUGAAGAUGCCAUCCAAUACCAGAAGACAUAAAGCCUUCUCCACCUGUAGCUCCCACCUCAUUGUAGUUUCAGUAUUUUAUGGAACCUUAAUGAUUGUUUAUAUGUCUCCUACAACAAGACAAUCCUUGAUCCUGAGUAAGGUCUUGUCUCUGAUGUAUACUGUGCUGACCCCUCUACUUAAUCCUAUCAUAUACACUCUGAGGAACAAAGACUUCAAAGAAGCUUUUCAUAAAUUCAAGCAUGUUUUGAAGGGUCUGUUUACAAAGUGA